AUGACGAGCUCCAACGUGCAGUUCACCCCUCCUCCCUCGCCGCCUUCGCCGACAGCGUCAUUCUUCGACGUCAGCGAUGAGGAAGAGGACGAAUACAACACCAUCGCCCAUGCCGCUGCCAAGAAGGGCGUGAGGCUUCUUUUCUCAAAGAGCAAGGUCUACGUCCACCCAACUCCGUCGGCGAAAGACAACAUCCCCGGUUUCAUCGCGCUCGUCCAGCAGAAGCCGUUACCCUCCUCUCAAAAUGCUACAUCCUCCAGCGCAAACGCAUCAAAACCCGACCUAUCCUCUUACCUCCUCGCCUGGGUCCCCGAAUCCGCCCUUGGCGAUGCCUAUGAUACAUACGUCAAGGUCGACCUCUCGGAGGAUGACUCCCCGCCGCGCCAGAAAUACUUAGUGCCUGCUCUCCCGGAAACGACGACAUUCAAAGACCCGAUAGGUCUCUAUUCAUUCGCGGUCCCUCUGUCCCAGAUAUACUCCCUGCUCGUGCGGCCCCCGAGCUUAGGCUGGUGGUUUGGCAGUCUUGUGAUCAACUCCCGAGCAGGUGACAGCUUUCCGGCACUCUUCUUCCACGAUAGCGAAUGUCAGUCGACAAUACUACAAAAAAGGAAGCGGACGAGGGAGACUUUUGAUCCGUUCGACGAGGAUGGAAGUGUGUUCUGGGGCGGAGAUGAAGUGCUGCGAUGGCUGAGGAAAUAUGUUGAUGUGCAGCGGUCGACCGUCGAUAAAACCGUCUACCUGAUCAAUCCAUCUCAAGAAGACCAACUGUCCUUCGGGAAACCACAACUCGCCGAGAGUACGAGAUCACAGUCUCCACCAGCCCCUCGGAAACGUGAACCCGCGCCGCAUGAUGCAGGGAUGGAUCCAUUCAUGAAAGCGAUCAAGGAAACCCGAUGGAAGGUCCUCGAGCAGUUGAGCAAAAUAACGACAUUUACACGACGCACAGCGAAUGAAAUCGCCGACAACCCCAGUAUCCCGCCCCAAGUGCGUCGCCUUAUAAAGACACCAGAAAUCCAAACGCUUCAGGAAGAAUUCGACAGCGCUAGGAUAUAUCUUGCCCGAUGGGCGAUGAGCAUUUCAGAGCAGAGCGAGCGGGAACGGAACCAGCGAAUAUGGACUGCCAGGGAUGCCCUCGAGAUGGAGAACAGCUCCGUGGGGGACUUCGAAAUCCUGGAUUCCGAGAUGGGAAAUAUGUCUCUCCAGGAGCGCCGAAAGACAGUGACGCUCAAAGAGUGGCAGGGCUUUUUCCAUCCACAUACCGGCCGCUUGCAACUUACUGUCGAUGAAGUAAAGGAGCGAAUAUUUCAUGGCGGUUUAGAUCCCAACGACGGAGUCCGAAAGGAAGCAUGGCUGUUCCUCCUCGAGGUUUAUCCAUGGGAUAGUACCAACGACGACCGCCAGGCCCUCAUGAACUCCAGACGCGACGAAUAUAUCCGCUUGAAGGGCGCAUGGUGGGAACGAAUGGUGGAAGGCGACUCCACUCCGGAGCAACAGGAAUGGUGGAAAGAGCAGCGAAAUCGAAUAGAAAAAGACGUCCACCGCACCGACCGAACAAUUCCUCUGUUUGCAGGCGAAGACAUCCCGCAUCCUGACCCAGACUCCCCGUUCGCAGACGUGGGCACAAACGUCCAUCUCGAGCAGAUGAAAGACAUGCUCCUCACAUACAACGAAUACAACCCAGACCUCGGCUAUGUGCAAGGCAUGAGCGACCUUCUUGCACCCAUCUAUGCAGUAAUGCAAGAUGACGCCGUCGCCUUCUGGGCCUUUGUCAGCUUUAUGUCUAGAAUGGAACGCAACUUCCUCCGCGACCAAUCCGGCAUGCGCUCCCAACUGCUCACCCUCGACCACCUCGUCCAACUCAUGGACCCGCAGCUCUACCUCCACCUGCAAUCCGCCGACAGCACAAACUUCUUUUUCUUCUUCCGCAUGCUGCUGGUCUGGUAUAAGCGCGAGUUCGAAUGGGUCGAUAUCCUGCGUCUCUGGGAGACCCUGUGGACGGAUUACCUCACCAGUAACUUCCACCUGUUCAUUGCGCUUGCGAUCCUGGAAAAGCAUCGCGACGUCAUCAUGGACCACUUGAAACAGUUCGACGAGGUUCUGAAAUACAUCAACGAACUCUCCAACACAAUGGACCUAGUACCAAUCCUCACGCGCGCGGAAUCCCUCUUCCACCGCUUCGGCCGGCAAGUCGAAGCCAUCGACAAGAAGAAUAACUUCCCUGCGCCGCAAGCUCAACAGCGCAAACCUGCUCAAAGCCAAGGCCCAGACCCAAAUGACAAGGGCAAAUCCCCUGAGCGGCCAUCCGGGUCCAGCACGAGCGUCAGCACACCAAACGCAAGCUCAAGUUCACGGCCGGGGCAAGGCGGUAAAUCGGAUACGAAAAUUAUAGCCCCCGAGCUGAGGGAUUUGUUUAGGAAGGAUGUUUUCUGGAAUGAGAAUGACCAGAGCGCGAAUCCGGGUUCGAAUUCUGGAUCCGGGUCUUGA